UAGACCCCUUUAAGUAUGCCUGGCAGUUAUAGUCAUCCUUAUCAAUUCCUAUUGGCUGUUUGCCUCAUAGCAUGUGCGCCGACUCAGGGUUUUGUGACGUCAUCAGCAUCCUCGUCUAUUACAGCAGAUAAGUCAAAUUCGAAACUGCUACAAACUUUGGGGGAUGCUGCCAAAUCCUUGCAAGCAGCACAGAAAAGCCUUGAAGCUGCUGCCCAGUUCCAGACACCGAGUGUAGUUCAGGAUUUGAGUUUGGUGUGUAAAGAGCUCUGCGGAGCUGGCCUGGGCGUUGCGCUUUGUGUGGGCAAUUGCGCGACGCCUAUUGAUGCCGACAUAACCAAAACUAAAAUUCUGAACUCGAAUUUUGAUUUGGUUAAAUGCAAGCAACUGUGUGGACUGCAUUUAGAUGGCCUUGAUUGUGAAUGCGAUGGCAGUAGCAUCAGCAUGGAAGAUGCCCCAAAGGGCAAAGAAGUCUCUUCCGAUGCCUUCGGCGAUCGACUCUGCACGAGUUUUUGUCAUCAACGGCACAAUACUCUGCCUGGGUGCAGUCCAUGCCAGUUGAUUGUUGGAAAAGUUAUAGAUAUGGAUAAGAAGAUGGCGUUGAAGGCCAGUGGAAUGCAGGGCAUAACUACACAUGGUGCCGAUCCGAGUGAGUAUCUAACAAAGGUCGAGCAAGCUCUGGCAAAUGCCGUGGAGGCGGUGGCCGAGGAAACAACGGAUACACCCGAUUGGAACGAAUUGUGCAAGGUGCUCUGCAAGACUGGCGAUGGCGGGUCUUUGUGCAACUGUGAUUUAUCACCAUUUUCCACCUAAUCCUCCAACCGGGAUUGGGAAUUGGAAAAGUGUUUAAAUCACAACCCAAAAAAAAAAAAUAACAAACAAAAAAAAGGAAAGACAAGGAAAGAA